CCCGCCCACUGUCACGUGACACCCCCGCACUCCGAGCUCCGUGUUGUGGUGACGUCAUGAGCGUCUUGCUUCCCAACAUGGCGGACUUUGAUACCAUAUACGAGUUAGAUGAGGAAGAGGAGGAGGAUGGCGACGACCGGGAAACGGGCUCCGGCCGAGUGGUGGAUGAAGAGCACUUGCUUAGAUACGCACCGGAUCCGGUGGUGGUGAGGGGAGCCGGACACAUUACCGUAUUUGGUUUAAGCAACAAGUUUGAUGCAGAGUUCCCUUCUGUCUUAACCGGCAAGGUUGCCCCUGAAGAGUUUAAAAUCAGUAUCGGACGUGUGAAUACAUGCUUGAGGAAGAAUCUCCCUCUCAAUGUGAAGUGGCUGCUAUGUGGCUGUAUUUGCUGCUGUUGUACACUAGGCUUAAGUUUGUGGCCGGUUAUAUGCCUCAACAAAAGGACAAGAAGAUCCAUUCACAAGCUAUUGGACUGGGAGAAUAACAGAUUAUAUCACAAGCUUGGCUUGCACUGGAAACUGAGCAGAAGGAAAUGUGAAUCAAACAACAUGAUGGAAUAUGUCAUACUAAUAGAAUUCUUACCAAAGUAUCCUAUCUUUCGACCGGACUGAAGAAAGACUGCCCCCCCACUUCAUUUCAUGUUUUUGUUACCUGUCAUUCCUACCCUUAGUGCCUUUUUAGAUGGUUUUGGGAAGGAAAGGUCUACUGUACACGUGGUGUGUUUCGAAAAACACAGCAGGAGGUCUUUUGUAUCGCUGUAUGGUAACCUAACAGAGUGGUAUUUUUUAUUCUGUGUAGAAAAGAACAAAAUUUGCACACUUAUUUUUUUAUGUUUAAGGGAAGCUUUCUGUGUUGCACUUCAUUUUACCCCGUGUGGUGAAAACGUGUCAAGCGGCGUGCGUCACUGCAGCCACAGGGGUGGCAUAUAUAUAUAUAAUGUGUGUGUGUUUACAUAGUAUGUAUAUAUGUUUAUACACAUCCCUAUAUGUAGUGAAGGUAGGGGUGUACAUUAGUGCUGCUUUAAAUCUAGCUUGUUGCCUUACUGUUCCUACGUCUUUGAUUUACUAGUGCUUACCUAGCUCCCGGUGUCAGUCCGUUGCCUGUCGUGCAGAGGUGACGCCUGUCUCUCUCCGCCUGUCCCAGCUGGUCAUGCAGCAGCUUCACACUGACUACAAGUCCUUCAAUUUUCAAUAUCCUUUCUGGUCUAAAGGGUUAGACUUUAUGUAUUUUUGGGACGGAUCUAUCUAUAGAAGCGAACAUUUCUUAUAUUCUACGUGAUUUGAUGUGUCAAUGCGUCAAAUUUAAAUAUACAUAUAUAAAUAUAUACUGCAAGCCGCAACAGAUAUAUUUAACCAAAAACUGUAUAUAUUGCCUUUUUCAGAACUGCAAGUAUUAUACUUAUGUUUACAGAAUGUAAUAUAGCCGUUACUAUGUUGCCAAUGAUUCUGCAUCAGUUCUACAAAUACACGCAGGCUCGCUUGAUUGUAUGAACCAUUUCUCUCAUUUUUAGGUUGAACUGAACCAUGUCUUGCAUUGCUUUGUGCUGCUGGUCUCUCGUCUGCAGAUCUAACAGUCCCUUUGUGAUAAAGCCAUAUCAGUUGGAUGUAGGAGGGUGAGGGACACUCUGACUUGCACUUCUAAGGGUACUUUCACACUAGCGUUAUUCUUUUCCGGCAUUGAGUUCCGUCCUAGGGGCUCCAUACUGGAAAAGAACUGAUCCGUUAUAU